UUCACGUGACUCUUCUCUGAUUUCCCCAGUAGCCCAAAUACAGGAGAAGGCACAAAAACUUCAAAAACAAAAGACAGAAGAAAUAUGAGAAAAUAAACCCAAAUCGGAAACAAACACCAUGCGCAAAAUCAACUCCAAAGCUUUGCUUCCUCUCUUUUUCUUCUUCUUCUUCUUCUUCUUCUUCACCUGCUUUUCUAACCCUAUAACUUACCCUCCACAAACGAACUUAUUCUUCCCCUCCGACGCCGUUUCCAUCCUCUCUUUCAAGUCCAAAGCGGACCUCGACAACAAACUCCUUUACUCCCUCAACGAGCGCUUCGACUACUGCCAAUGGCGGGGCGUUAAAUGUGCUCAAGGCCGUGUCAUCAGCUACAUCAUCCAGAAUUCUGGUUUACGUGGCAUUUUUCCCGCCAACUCCCUCACUCGCCUCGACCAGCUUCGUCUUCUCAAUCUCCACAACAACUCGCUGUAUGGUCCCAUCCCCGACUUUUCCUCUCUUUACAACCUUAAAUCCCUGUUUUUGGACCGUAACAAUUUUUCUGGAACUUUCCCUCCUUCGAUCUUGUUUCUGCGUAGAAUAACUUCCCUCGAUCUUUCUUACAAUGAUUUAACUGGUCCGAUUCCGGCUAACUUAACCUCCUUGGACCGGUUAAACAUCCUUCGCCUCGAGUGGAACCAGUUUAAUGGAACUGUACCGCCCUUAAACCAAUCAUUUCUACUCGUUUUCAACGUUUCUCGUAAUAAUCUUACCGGACAAAUACCGGUCACCCCAACUUUAUCGAAGUUCAAUGUUACGGCGUUCUCGUUGAACCCUAAUUUAUGUGGGGAGAUUAUCAAUAAAUCCUGCACUUCACGUGCUCCGUUUUUCGGUUCUCCCUCGGCAUCGGGUCCACAUGGGCAAAGCGCGGGGGCCCAAGGUGGGGGCGGCGCCACCACCGGAGGAAUUGUAAUUCUGCCACCGCCAUCUUCACCGAAAAAGAAGCGCCAGAAAACUGGGGUGGUCUUAGGGUUUACUAUCAGCAUUGCUUUGAUAAUAUUUUCAGUUUUGUUAGCUUUAGCUGUGUUUAGAAAACAAAGCGGUGAAAGGAGAGUAGACUCAAAAGAAACAAAGCCAACAACUGCAGUUUCAUCACAGGUAGCGAACUCAAACCUAGGAAACUCAAAAACCCAAUUGAAAGAAUUUUCUGAGAGAAAAUUAAUGACACCCGAAAUUCAAAUGCUGAAAAAGAGUGGGAAUUUAGUGUUUGUUGCUGGUGAGGUUGAAGGUUACAGUUUAGAGCAGUUAAUGAGAGCUGCGGCUGAGUUAUUAGGGAGGGGUACGAUGGGAACCACGUAUAAGGCAGUGGUUGAUGGGCAGUUGAUUUUGACGGUGAAGAGAUUGGAUGCUGGCAGAACGGCGGUAACCAGCGCUGAAGUGUUUGAGCAGCAUAUGGAUGCGGUUGGAGGGCUGAGACAUCCCAAUUUGGUGCCGGUUAGAGCUUAUUUUCAAGCUCAAGGAGAAAGGCUUGUGAUCUAUGAUUAUCAACCCAAUGGAAGCGUUUUCAACCUCGUUCAUGGUUCAAGAUCAACAAGGGCAAAGCCUCUUCAUUGGACAUCAUGUUUAAAGAUAGCAGAAGAUGUUGCCCAGGGCCUUGCUUACAUCCACCAAGCAUCGAGGCUUGUCCAUGGCAACUUGAAAUCCUCCAACGUGCUCCUUGGUACUGAUUUCGAAGCCUGUCUCACCGACUACUGCCUUACCGUCCUUGCAGACUCUUCUUCUACUGAAGAUCCUGAUUCUGCAGCCUAUAGAGCUCCUGAGAUUCGAAAAUCCUGCCGCAGACUUACUCCCAAGUCUGAUGUUUAUGCUUUUGGUGUCUUUCUGCUGGAGCUUUUGACGGGUAAACUUCCAUCCCAACAUCCUGUGCUUGUGCCCCAUGACAUGCUUGAAUGGGUUAGAACGAUGCGAGAAGAUGAUGGUGGGGAAUAUCACCGGCUUGGAAUGCUAACCGAAGUUGCCAGCGUUUGUAGCUUGACAUCACCAGAGCAGAGGCCGGGGAUGUGGCAAGUGUUAAAGAUGGUGCAGGGGAUCAAGGAGAGUGCAAUGAUGGAGGAUAUAUAGUGUAUCCUUUGGAUAUUCAUAACAACAGGACGCAUCCAACAUAUUUUUGAUACAUGCAAAGAGGGAAGCAAAUUGGAAUAUAAUUAUUGUGUGGUGUUUCAAGCUUUAGCUUAGAAAUUUAUUCAAGCUCGUGUAUAUGACGAGCCGAUGUCAUCUAUUACACGUGAGAUAGAUCAUAUGAUGUUAAGAAAGGCUUUAAUUAUUAGCAAGUUUUCAUCUCAGCUUUUCUAUGAGCUCAAGUACUAACUCUCAUAACUCACCACUCACUUUUACCCAUCAAAUGGUGAGGAGCAAUACAUAUCAAAGACUUAUGCUUUCAUUUGGAGACAUGGUGAGAGGGCAGUGACUCUCACCGGUCAUCACGUCGUCAUUUAUGGCUAGUGGAGAGGGAUUCCCAAAGGCUAUCAUAUUGUUUCAUCACUAGAUAUCCAAAUGAACAAAUGAAGAAACAUUGUUAGGCUAUCAGAACCAGAAAUUAAGCACUUAAAUCUAUAUAGUACUUACAAAGUGCAAUCAUCUUACGCAGAAGAGAAAGUUAUGUCUAAGUUCGAAGGCUGCUCCCAUCAUCUGCACAACUAGCACUUUGAUCAGCCUAUUGUCAAUGCAGCAUGAUGGCAAAGAGUGGUGCAUAAAUUUUCCAGUGGAUGUUAUUUGAAAGGAAAGGAUAUAAGAUUAUUUGAAACACUAACUUGUCUAAUGCUUAAAUCUGGACAGUCGUAAAUGAAUUAGCAGUUAGAUUAUUUGUUAGA